CCCAGCAGGACCAGCCCAGGGGCUCCAACCCGGCCAACCUGUUGUGUGAGCACCAACGCUCAUCCUCGCCCUGCUGAAGUUCACCUGGAUGAAAGCAAAGGGAUUCUCUAUGCAAAACCCCUCCUGGAUUUAGUAACAGAUGACCAGGGAUGUCCGAGCCCGGGCACUUCCCUGCCUGUUGCCCACCAUGUCCAACACUUGGGAUUAUCCCCAGCCAAGGAACAGAGGCAGAAGAAAACCCCUUAAUUUGGGAACACCACAGCUUUCUCUGGUAAAGAGAAACCCCCAAACCAGAGGAUUUAACCCAAAGUUCAAAGUGACCCUUUACAGAGAAAGCAAAAUCCCCAACACGAAACCAGGGGAGGAAGCAGCUUUACAAAACACUGUUGAGAAACUGCCUCGUCACACCCCAUUUGGGAAGCAACAUCCCCACCCCGCAGCAGAUAAGUGCUUGUGCUCGUCCCGCUGCAGCGGGAUGUAAAACCCCUCCCUGGGCUGCGGGGGUUUGUGCCAGCACUGAAGCGUUGGAUCGGCUGCAGGACCCCAGCACCAUCCCGGAGGUGGGACACGGCUCCUGUUUGCUCUGUGCUCACCCAACCUGUGCCAAGGAGGAAGCCCCCGCACAGCAGCAUGGCACGGGCAGCCUCUGCUCUCUGCCUCUGUUUCUCUACAGACCUUGUGCAAGCAGCACUGGCUGCCCUGAUCAUCGGAGCUGCCCUAUGUGCCCCUGAGCAACACACCGACCUCUCAGCCUCGCUCCUGCAAGGAUUCCCGUGCAUCCCAGACAGUGAUAUUCCUGCUGCCGACAUCCUCGCCUUUGCCCAGGGGCUGCAGAACAGAACAGCGGAGCUGAGCAGUGCCCAGCUCUCCUGCCUGGCCAGGCUGCUCACUGCCAAGAACCUGACGGCUGAUUUUGGCACGUACCCGCCAGACCUGCUGCUCCUCUUUGACUUGUCCAAGGUGGAUGAUGGGACCUGUGAAGAGUUUUAUGCCCGAGCUUCCCAUGGGAACCUGGAGCUGCUCCCCAGGGGCUCAGAGCAGCGCACGGGGCUGCUCCGUGGGGCACUGGCCUGUCUGGGGGUGAGGAGCAGCCGCCUGCGCCCGGAGCAGCUCAGCAGCCUCGGGGCCCUUGUGUGUGAUAUGGAGCCAGAGACCAUCACAGCCUCCGAUCCCAGUGUCCUGGAGAACCUGAAGCUCUGCUCAGCGCUGACAGGGGCCCAGCAGGAUGCUCUCAAUGCUGUGCUCCUCAGUGGGGACACAGCGUAUGGGGAUCCUUCAAGCUGGGAUCUACAGACUCUUCAAAACCUGGGCCCGCUUGUGCUGGCUCUGAACCAGACCACGCUGAGCUCGGUGGCCAAGGCAGCACGGGAGGCUUUCGGCAGGAGCAUCGUGGCUGCGUACAGCAAACAGGGACGUUCCCAGCGGGAGAAGUCCCUGAAUCUCCUCAGAGCCUUCGCAGCAGCGUCAGAUUCAUCACAUCCCAGGCAGAAGCGGAGCGCUGACCGCUGCCUGUCUGCGCCCAUCACGGCCAGCACCAUCACUGACCCCUUCUUAAUCAUUGACUACGACACCAGUGAACAGUUCGACCUGUGCCUCAGCAAUGAGGUUCUGAAAGAAAACCUGAAGCUUCUGCUGGAGCAGCCAUUCCCCAUAGACUACCUCCAGGUCAUGAAGAAGAAGCUGGAUCAGAUCUACCCAUCAGGGAUCCCGGAGGAGCAGCUGAAGCUGUUGGGACCACUGUCCCGGCAGUACUCGGCAGAGGAGAUCAGCCGGUGGACGGUGACAUCCAGCGACACGCUCUCAGUCCUGCUCAACCCCUCGGAUGGGAUGUGGAAUAUCCGCCAGAUCCGGCAGCUGUUCAGCAGGUUCCUGUCCCUGGGGGGCACCUUGACCGGACCUUUGCUUCAGCAAAUGGGUGGACAACUCUUGUGUGAUCUUCAGGAGAAGCAGAUGCAGCAGAUACCUCCAGAAGCGAUCAGGACCGCCGGACAACUGAACAUCUCUUCCUGCUCUCAAACCAAGAAGGACCAGCUCUACAGAAAAGCCCAGGAGGCUUUUGCUGACCUGGUCAGCACCCCAAAGGCCUAUUACUGCAGGAUUUGGCCAUACCUGGGUGGAGCUCCAGCAAAGGACCUGAAAGACUUGGCUGCAGCCGGCAUUGCCAUAGACAUGGACAUCAACACCUUUCUUGCCCUGAAUCCCAAUGAGCUGCAGAACCUCACCGUCACGGAUGUGAAGAAUCUGCUUGGACAAAACCUCCCUCAGCUGAAGGCAGCUGAAAACGAGACCUCAGUGAGGCGCUGGGUGAAGAGACAGUCCCAGCGGGAACUGGACUGUGUCCUGGGGAUUGGCCUGAAUGGGGGCCUGGUGGAACCCAGCCCCACAGGGACGGCCACCCCUCCUCACCCCACCACCUCAGCUGGUAUCACCCCCACAGCCACCGUCCCUGUGCCCACCACGCUCCCCACUGUCCCCACCCCUAUUGCUAUUAGCACCCAACCCACCACUAGCUCAAGUACCAACAAGGCCCCCACCCCAAGUGCCACCAGCCUGACCCCAGCCCCUGGUGCCACCUCCACCGCCCGCCCUGCUCUGACCACCAGCCCCAUCGUCCCAUGCUCCAGCCACCAGCCUGCCACCACAAACAAGGCCACCCCCCCUGCUGUCACCCUCCUCACCACCAUCCUUGCCAUCGUCAACCCCAACGCCACCUCUCCCAGCUCCAUCCCACCUUCUGCUCUCACCCCCGGGGCCACCACCAGCACUAGUGUUGUUACUAACCCCAGCACCAGCACCCCGUUGGUAUCCAUGAACCCGCCAGCAUUAGGGGGUACCCCCCACCCCAUUCCUGCCACUGGUAGCACCGUCGCCCCAAGCACCCACAAUGUUCCCAGCACCCUUGUCGUUAACUCCACCUCUGCACCCAUUGGCACAGAAAUAAGCCUCCCUCCCCAUAAGCCCACCCUGAUUCCCAACUCCACCAUCUCCACCUCCUCAACGACCAAGACAACAUUGCAAGCUUGCAAGACCAAUGGCCCCCCAGCAUCUCCCAGCUCCUCUUCCACCACCACCAGUAGUGACACCGCUAAAACAACACCUGCAGGUGUGCCAGAGUCACCGAGACCAACACCCGAUGGAUACAUCAACCUGAAACCAGAAGCUGGAUCAGGAUCCAGACUCUCCUCCUGCCUAGUGUAUGUGCUGACAAUCACCUUGGGAAGCUCCCUGCUGCGAGGGCUCCUCUGACACUGCCACCUCCAGCACCACACUCACAGGAUCCCUCCUUUAAUAUUCACCAUCCCACCAAACAACGGUGCUGGCAAAUUCCCAGCUGGAAAGCAGAAUCCCAGGAAAGGAAGAGUUUGUCCUUUUGAUACCAGCAUAGAAUUUGCAUAUUAUUUUGAGGCUGGGCAGUGAAAGGAGGACAUUUUUCCAGCCCAAAGGGUACUUACUAGCUAGUUGCUCUAUGUAAUACAAUCAUCAGCAAUACUGACUGGUCUGACAAUGCAUUAGUGCUGACAGCAGGCUCAGUUCCACCAGCUUUACUCGCACUGAGUAGUAUUUUACUUCUAAGCAGUCCCACCAGGAUCUGUUGAAACAGUGGGACAACUCAGGGAUUUGAGUUACUGGCCACUGCAAAGGAAACAGAAUAUGGCCCAGCAAUGAUCCACAAAAAAGUAUUUAUCUUGUUUCAUGACCUUCUGAGAUCUUUUGAUCAACAUCUGUUCAAACUACACAAGGCUGAGUGAGAGGGAUGAGUAACUGAAGACAGUUGAUUCUAUGUAAUAAAACAUCAACCUUUGUUUUUUCCCCCCUAA